AUGGCUUCCGCUCAGUCCGCUUCUACUCUCCCUCAAGGAUUCUCUGUCUACCAGUCCACGCUUGGUGCUCCAUUACAAUUCUUCCCAGCUCUUGGAUCACGGCAGCUCGACGACUUGAUCAACGCCUUCAUCCCCGGACCUUCUUCCGCCAGUGAGAAGCGAGCCGCAAUUUCCUUGGACUUCCUCGAAUAUUCUCGCAUGACUGGACAGGCCUUCAAGUUCUACGCUGUGAGCACUGCGGCGUCCGUAGCUACUUCUCCUUCAAUAACCAGUCCUUCUCUGGAUUCGGUCAACUCCUCAUUCAACGUUUCUCCCAUCACAUCCUCCUGGGACUGGAGCGCAACGUCGACACUCUCAGCAGCCUCGUCAUCUCGUGGCCCAACGCAGUGCCGACGACAGAGCAAGCGUGACAGCACGCAUUCCAGACAUCGGACUAAUGAUAUCUCGCAUCUUCCUGGUAUGAAGAUUCUCACAAAAGAUGGUCAGGAUGUGACCAACUCUGCUUCCCGGGGAUCCAAGACCAAGGAGCAGCGCGACCACGCACACCUCAUGCGAAUCAUCAAAGCUUGCGACAGCUGCCGACGUAAGAAGAUCCGUUGCGACCCUAGCCACAAGAAGCGAGGAGCCUCUCAAGCUGCACCGCAGCCUGCUUCAAAGCCUGCCAAGAAGGCAAGGACGGUUCCCCAAGACCCUCCUCCUCGUCCACCGCCGGCGGCUGUAACAGACUCAGACUUAUUGGUCUCAUCAUCAUUCGACCUAGACUCGAGCUUCGACUUCUCUGUUUUCGAGGACCUUGACCCUACUACUUUUUCUCAUGACCUAUUCGACGAGUUUAUCCAUAUCCCUGCCUUGGACACUCCAGACUUCGACAUCUUCCAUGAAUCGGGAGAUUAUGUAGCUUCACAAUCUUCGACCACUACUUCAUCAUCUUCUGCCGCCUCCCCGCUCAAGUCAUCUACACCGUCAUCCCAGCCAGAGUUGGGCGCACCUCCCGGCAUCGAGCUCGUCAACCCCGAGGUGCAGGGAAUGUCACCAAACUUCCCUUACCUGGAGAGUUCUGGCGCCUCAAGUUAUUACGCCGAUUUCAAUCUAUACUCGCCCGAUUCCAGCUUCUCCGAGGACGAGCGCAUGGUACCAAUUGGCGCCUCGACCGGUAGUCUGCCAAGCCUCAAUGAAAACUCACUCUCCGAAUGCCCGCCUCGACUUAAGGAGACCGUACCUGACGGCGAGGCAAACGACUUGGAAGUACCUGGCAUGUGUCUAGAUGAACCACAGCUCCACUCUGCCAGCGGUGUUGUUGGCGGGAGCAGCCACAACUUAUUGGGCAGCAAUGACAAUGGCCAAUUUGCUACCACUAGCACUGCCGGCGAAUCUGCGAGUGAGCAUGACUCCAGGCCAAGCUGGGAUCAUGUCUCCGAGCCGGUAAGCGAGGUUGUCACUCGUUACCCGGGUACAACUACUGCUGCUAUUCCGGACAAGCCGCUACCGGGUGCUCAUAAACUAGACAAGGUGCCGACUAGCUUCAAUUUGCCUGUGGCAUCCGCGUCUGUUGAUGUCGGAGAGUCGCCAGGUACAUUUGCGGACCAUUCUAUCGUCUCGGCGACGCCUAGCGUGCCCAUUGGACACGGCAGUGAAACCCCAGCCAAAUCCAACCAUCAACUUGCACUUGUAUCGACCAACAGAAUCCAUGUUGACUGCCCUGGAGAAACCUCCGAUUCUCACCAAGAUUAUGUGGCUUCGGUCGACAGUUCUGGCCCGACUCGGUCCGAACCAGCUGUUCUGAGCGCCUCUUCCGACGGAGUACAGGUCCUCUUUACCAACUCCUCACCCGAGUACACUGAGGUGUCAACCGCCCAAACAGUCCACAACAGACUGACUGGACUUGAACGUGUCGUACCGGGAGUUUCAUCUGUCCUCUUUGGCACCUCGGAUCAACAAAGGAAGGACGUUGCAGCUCCUGAAGAUUCCACUGAUGGACGACACCAGCCCACAUCAGCGCUGCGCGCCCAGACAGGACUCCGCAGUUCCCUAAUUGCGAAUGACGAGCCGCUUCGUGGUCAUGUCGAACCUAUCCUGGACAUUGUUGGCGAAGACGCCCCCGUUUCUCAGAGGUCCACGGCCAGUCUGUCCUGCGACCAGCAUCAUCCUUCGUCUGACUGUCAUCACGAUGGAGGCGCGUAUGCUGACGAGCCAACCCCUGGCGCCGACAACCAGGCACCACGGAUAUCGCUCAAUGCCCUAAAGAAUGUAUUUAUGUCCGCCGUCGGCGGCGAACAUUCCCUCUACACGGGCACCACACACAACCUCUCAGAUGCACUGACCGAUGCUUCGCUGGCAUCAAUGGCACAAACAGCCGCCUUCAUGUCUAAUCUGGCAUUGUACGUGAUUGCUGCAGCCGUGACAGCGACACACGGCAGCGUGGCGCCCCGCACACAGUCUGUUGCAGCACCAUGCCGCAUCAUGUCGAGAGGGUCGUCACUUAAGGUGCAUUCCAUGUCUCCUUUGUGUGUAGUAUAG